AUGGAAGUGCAGAAAUCUAUUCUAAAGGCUCCCGCAGUUGACCGACUGCAGCGUUCCCGUCGCGUCAUCUUGACGACGGAUGUAGCGGAGUCGUCCGUGACAAUCCGAGAUGUGGACGUCGUCAUUGACCUCUGUGAGCACAAGCGUCCGCGGUGGAAUGCUCUUUCGAAGCAGUCUUUCUUGACAACCUCAAACAUCAGCAAGGACGAGGCAACACAGCGAGCAGGCCGCACAGGCCGCUUGCGUGAGGGAACCGUCAUACGAGUGUUGACGAAGUCAGUGUAUGAAGGCCUCAAGCAGCAUGUGGAUCCUGGCAUCAAGCAUGCUCGCUUGGAAGACGUAAUCCUAACCAUCUUCGAGCACUGGAAGGUUCUUGGCACGCCGGAGCAGUUUUUGAACAAGCUCCCUGACCCGCCGGAAACGGAGCAGGUGCGAGCGGCGACGCGAAGGCUACUGGAGCUGCGUGGCAUCGAGAAAGACCGAAGCGGAAUGCCCAAGCUCACCGAGUUCGGCCGCCUCCUACAAAGGAUGCCAGUGGAUCCAGAGGUGGGCAUCCUGGUCAUGAGCGGAGUUCACUUUGGCGUGGUACAUGAGUGCUGCGUGAUGGCCAGCAUCAUCCAGCGGGGUCUGCCUUUCCUGGAGAACCCCAACUGGACCCUAAAGGAGAGCCAGAGGUUUGUGGCGGUCCGGGAUGCCUGUUUGCAGGAUCUUCCAGCUGAUGCAGGGCAGGCUUGCAACAUGUAUCCAAGCGACCUUAUCGCCGGACUGCAAGCAUAUCGAGCCUGGCAGCAACAGCAACUGCAGCAUCCCGACUGGAGCUUGCAUGGAGAGUGGUCGUGGUGCCUGGGACACUUCUUUAGCCUUCAACGCUUGCACGAGAUUGAGGAGACAGUCAUCCAGUUGAGGUCCGUGCUCCAGCAGCUAAAGCUCGCUCGAGAAGUGCCCGCUGAAAUCGUCGGCCGUGUGCGGGAAAGAUGCAAACAAAUGCUGACACCGGACUUGGAGCCACCAGAGCCAUGCUGGGCAGAAGCCCCCGAUUGUGAUGUCAAGGCCCUGCUCGGAGUCUGCACACCGGACCCGAAGAAGCAGUGGCUGCUCCGAUGGUGCAUUGCGUCCGCUUUCACUUCAGGAGCUCUUGAGGUGACCGGAGGCGGUUGCUCUGAAGCAAUGCAGGUGCGGUUUGUUCCAGGAUCGAGUCAGGUGACACCUGCGUCUUUACUCAGAUACCUGCAAGAACACUCUGACCUCGUCACGAGCGUGACGAGCGGUAAGAAAGGAGAGUGCUACGCUCAAUUUCGUCAUGGUGCCCCGGCACGCCAACUUGUACAAGCACUCGACUUUGCGAACGAAGUGCCCUGGAAGCAUGCCAUGCUCUGGCAGAGGGGUAAGUUCAGCCACCCUACAUGGCAAGCUCGACAGUGCUAUAUGAAGCACAGCAAGGAGUUCAAGAUCAUUCCCACAUCUGCUGCGAGCCCACUGCUUCUCAACAGGUGCACAGUGGUCUCAGCGCAGAUCUUGCCGGUAGCCAGUCCAGAUGGGAAGGUUCUUUGCUCUUGCAGCUUCUGUUCGGUCAUGCCACCCGGUGUAGUGCCGGCAGUCCUGGAGGCUGUGUACCCGGCUGUGCGCAAGUUCUCCGAUGGCGACCAGCUCGAGCUCCUCUGCGCCGGGCAUCGUGAGAUGCUGCCAACCCUGGCGGCCGCAUUGAGAGGCUUGGAUGCCGAUCCAGCCAUAGUGCCAGACUUGACCACAAAGCUUAGAUCGAUCCGUGCCAGCAUCGGCAAAGAGAUGGGGGAAGACGACAGAAACGUCCAGCGCAUUGUGAAGAAGCGAGCAGACGAGGCGAUCAGCAUCAUGGAGAGCCUGGCAGCCUUGGAACCUUCCAAUUCGGUAGGUCUCAGGGAGAUGCUGCCCAGCCUGGAGACGUGCAAUUUGGCCGCCUUCUCUUUAGUUCCUUUUUGA